AUGCCCAACCGGGAAAUAAUAUCAAUGACAUCAACCAAAGCGACGGGCAGCUCGAAGCCCAAGCCAAUGAAGCCAACCGUUGAGUGCAGUUCCCGCACCUCUCAACGGCCGCCGGCCUUCAGGAGGGUGUCGGACUCGACCAGCAUCAUAAGCGACAUCUUCCGGCACCCCGACGUCGGCGAGGACAAGAUCCAACACAAGAUCCAGAAGGAUAACGAGAAAAAUCCCCCCCAAGACCUGGUCGACUUCCUUCGGAAUACGACGCCGCCACCGGAGAACUACAUGUCCAUUCCAGAAACCUACUCCCUGUCAUCGUGCUCAUCCGAGCAAGUGAAAUGGGCACGCCUCAACUUGUUUGGGUGGCGCAGGAAGUCCAGUCGUUGCCGAAAAUCUCGGCCGAUGCUAAUCAAGCUCCCGGACUCGGCAGUCGCUGGGACUACGACUGACGGACACCGCUAUAUCGCGAUCUCGAUUCCCACCGAGUACGACCACCCAGAGUUACGAGCCAAGAACGAGUCGGGAGAUUACCCCGGAACACCGCCGCCUCUACGCGAGGCCGCAGAGGACCCAAGUCCUCCUCCUAAAACUGCCGAGCCAAGAACCGGCCUCCCAAAGACUCUCACCUCCGACCGCGGGGUCGUCACAGUCCUGAGGCCGGUGGUGGAAGACCGCGAGUCCUCCGAAAACCUAAUGCGAGUUCAGCGAAGCGGGCAACCCCGUUCCCGCGCGGCUGCCAUGACUCCGCCAGUGUCCCCGACGAGUCCGUCGCCCGGACCAGCGACGAGCAGACCUCGACAGGGAGAAGUAGCCGGGGCCCCGGCGCCGCCAUCCACGCGGAAGAGUAUUUUCCAGCAUCAGAAGCAGAAGUCCUCGUCGUCAAGCUCAACAUCGGGGUUUCUCACUCCGUACAUGACCCCCUCGCCCCGGCGGCGGUCGAGUCUGGGUGUAGGGCCGCCCUCUUCAAGUCGUCGCGGGUCCGUGGACAGCGCCAUGAUUCCCCGUCACCGCAGGGAUACUUCGUCGGAGUCGAACAUGGCGACACGAGCGUCCAUUGCGGAGAGUGUCCUCACCAACGGCAGCGAGCCGGUCAUCGUCGACGCCACGACGGCACAGAGAUACGUGCCCCUGGCCGCGUCCGAGGCGGACACGAACAAGGAACCCAGCAUCACCAACCCAGACACUGUCGUCUUCGCCCCGACGACACAAACUCCGUCACCAGCGCCCCCGAGGGCCCCCUAG